UCUCUUUUUCAUAUACCCCACACUACUACACAUCUCUUUUCCUUCCUUCUCCAUGUCCAUCUUCUCCAAAACUCUUUCUAAUGUUGUAUUUAAUUGUCUUUAUCAACCUUUCUCCAUGUCCAUCUUCUCCAAAACUCUUUCUUCCUCUCCAACCCUUCUUCAUUUCUAUCUUCCCACAAUACUCUACUGAUCAAAUCAUGCGUUUGGAUACCGAGAUACCCAGCAAGAAAACAAAGUGCAAGCAAGAAAAUGAUGAUCAACCCACAACAGGGUUGGAUCUUCUUCCCCGCGAGAUUGCUCUCGACAUACUUUCAAGGCUACCCAUAAGCUCUCUCCUCCAAUUAAGAUUUUCGUGUCGAUCAUGGCAGAUCUUAUCACAAGACCCACAUCUUCCUCGACUCCAAUUUUCUCGGACAGCUAAGAAAAACCCAUGUCUAAUUUUCCACUGUGAAUAUCCACUCAGAAACCAGCUUCACUUUGUGGAAUUUUCUGAUCAAGAUCAGGAAAAUGGGAUUGUGAGGAAAAUCCAAACACCCUUUUGUUCUGUGAUGCCAGAGUUCAAUGUAAUAGCUUCAUGUAAUGGGUUGUUAUGCUUAUCUGAUUCAUUAUAUAGUGACCCAAUAUAUGUGUACAACCCUUUUACGAGGGAAAACAGAGAGCUCCCCAAGUCCAGGCAAUUUGAUGAUCAAGAGGUGGUGUUUGGAUUCGGGUUUCAUCCAGUCACCAAUGAGUAUAAGGUGGUUAAGAUUAUCCAUCACUGGAAUGGGUACCGGAGAUUCAGAUUUUGUGAUCAUACACAAUCAGAGGUUCAAGUGUUGAGUCUCAACACAAACAAUUGGAGAAGUAUUGGGAAAGUGCCAUACCCGCUUGACCCAAGAUCAGCAGAGGCUCUGGUGAAUGGAAGGCUUCAUUGGUUGACUCAGCCGCGGAGAUGCCCAGGUGUUCGUCAUAGCCGCAGUAUAGUUUCUUUUGAUCUAGCGGACGAGCAGUUUAGGGAGAUCCCGAGGCCGGAUUGUGGAAGCCUGAAUAGGACUAAUUAUCAUCUGGCAGCUCUAGGAGGGUGUCUCUCUGCAAUCGUGUGUUGUCAUUAUGAGAAAUUUGAGAUUUGGGUUAUGAAAGAUUACGAUGUGAAAGAGUCUUGGAUCAAAGAGUUUAAGAUCAAAGAUUAUUCACUGCAGUUCAUGAAACCACAGUUAAGGCGACCAUAUGGGAUUUGGAAGCAUAGUUUCAGGCGAAGGAUUGCGCAAGUUCUGUGUCUUUUGGAGAAUGGAAAUAUUUUGAUUGAAUACAAAGGUGGAAUUUUAGUCUCUCAUGAUCCAAUCAGUGGAACCUUUAAGAAGCUAGUGUUUCAGGGAAUGCCCGGUUUGUUUCAUACUGUUGUUCAUGUUGGCAGCCUUAAUUGGAUCGAUACCCACCUCAUUACAACCACAAACUAGAUACUUUUUACCUGUACCUUCACUCUUACUGAUAUAGGCACAGUUCUGUAUUCUUUUGUACGAUUAGUGUUGAAUUGAUUGUGUACAACUACAUAUAUAGGCAUCCAUGUUUGUAAAUUUUAACUCUUUGAACAUGAUCUGUUGCUAGGAAGUCGUUUUUUGUUGUGUGUUUUUUUUUUUUGGUUUUGUUGUUGAAUAUUAACAGAGAAAUUCAAACUCUGGAACGUUGUCAUGUUUUUAAAAUACUUGAUAUGGAUUGCUUUCAUAUGUUA